CAGGUCGUUGUAGAAAGCAUGGAGAGAGAUGAAAUUCAAGAAAAUUUCAUGGAGGAACUCAUAGCAAACGGUACUCUGGAUGAUCGCGACGACGACGUUAUUCCAGAUGAUGGCGGUGACGAUGUCACCGCAACUUAUUUGAAUGCCUCCGGUGAGGGAGCGGAGGAUAUUGAGGAAGAAGAUCCUAGUGGCGCCGGUGAGGAACAAGAUCAUCAUAAUGGCUCCCGAACUGUAGUUAUCACCGAGCCCUCCGGAUCGAGCACUUCUUCUGUAAAGUCGAGGAAGCGAGGCCCGGCCAAAAAGUUGGAUGACGGUGUUAGGCACGACAUCACCCACAUCGAGAAUGAUGGUAAACCGAUUGCUCCAGAGAAAGGUGCAAAGGCAUUUAUAGCUCAAUGCGGAGUGCUUGUUAGGGACCACGUCCCGAUCACCGUUCGAGAAUGGCACAAGCCGAAGGGACUAGUGCUGUCUGCAGAGGAAGAAGCUCAAGGUCUUUAUAUCGAUGAUGUAGCCAAAAACAGCAUUAUGAACAAGCUCAUGGCACAUUUCAACAUAGUACCCGAAGAGGGGGGUGACGCUGAGAAGGCCAAGAUGGAGCAGGCCCUCCGCGAGUUUGGCAAGAAGAAGAUGGCCGAACUAUUCAAGAGCCACAAGAAAAGAUUGCGCCGCCUUAUCAAGUUAAAGAAGACUCCGGACAGUGAGAAGGUAAAAAGUCACUGGGACGAAUUCGUGAAGUACAGCACGGAGUCAGAAGAAUUUUUGAGAAGGUCGGAAAUAAAUAAGGCAAAUGCUGCGUUGAAGCUAUAUCACCAAAUUCUGGGUCCAGGUGGAUACAGGGCUAACCGUCGGCUCAAAUGGUAA